AUGAAGGCCAUUGUAAUUGAAAAGUUUGGGGGACCUGAGUCUCUUGUUAUCAAGGACGUUCCCCGACCUGAACCAGCGAGCGGCUCCGUGGUGAUUCGUGUGAAAGCUUUCGGAGUCAAUCAUGCUGAAAUGCAUAUGCGGAAAGGCGAGUGGGCGGAGUGGAUGCCUAUCAGUGGCAUUGAGUGCGUGGGUACAGUAGCGGCAUGCCCUGGCGGCGAGUUCGAGGAGGGAACUCUGGUGGCGAGUGUCAUGGGCGGCCUUGGGCGCACUGUCAACGGUAGCUAUGCCGAGUUCACGAGGGCUAAGGCCUCAAAUGUCGUUGCACUUGGCCCAGCAGCUGCAAAACUUCCUUGGGACCAGCUUGCUGCCAUUCCAGAAUCAUAUGCCACCGCAUGGACUUGCCUCUUCCGAAACCUUGAACUCUCAAGUGGACAAAAGCUCUUAAUCCGCGGCGGGACCUCUGCGUUUGGCAGAGCAGCUAUCAAUCUCGCCGUCCACGCUGGAGCUCACGUUACUGCGACAACUCGAAAUGAAGACCGGGCCGCUCAGUUGACAGCCCUUGGAGUGGAGAAAGUGGUGAAAGAAGGACCGAACUUGUCUGAACGCCUUCCCGAAAAGUUCGAUGCGAUUCUCGAGCUUGUGGGCAACAGCACCAUCCUUGACUCUCUGAAAAUGGUGCACCGUGGUGGGAGGAUGGCAAGCGGUGUUCAUUUCAGCUUCUUUGGCAGUUUCGCUUUCGGGACACCUGAAUUUCCCUUGUCAGAUGUGCCCCUCCAAGAAGUCGUCAAGAUGGUUGCAGAUGGAAAAGUGAACGCCAAACCAUGGAAGGUUUUCAAGUUUGAGGAUAUUGGCGAAGCUCACCGUUUGAUGGAGAAUAGUGAGGCCCAGGGUAAAAUGGUUGUGCUCGUGGACUAG